AUGAACUCCGACUAUAAGAUACUCGCCAUAUGCCUCGCCGCCCGACUUCAACCUUUGCUUCCCUCUCUCAUUCACCACUCCCAGGCGGCGUUCAUUAAGUCCAGGAAAAUUGGAGAUACCCUCAACGACACUAUGGACAUCUUCGAUUGGGCUACCACGCAGAACAUUCCCCUCCUGGCCCUUACGGUUGACAUACGCAAGGCCUACGACCUUGUGGAUCGUGAAUUCAUGCUCUCCUGCCUCGCCUUUCUCGGCCUCCCCCCCCCCUUCAUCCAGUGGGUGCGGCUUAUGCACACAGGGACCACUACUCGGAUCUCGGUCAAUAACCUCUGCGGACCAGCCAUCCCGGUUCGCUCUGGCGUCCGCCAGGGGUGCCCCCUCGCCCCCCUCCUCUUCCUUGGUGUUAUUGAAAUUUUCCACCGCUACUCCUCCCACUUCCUCCCCGGGUUCCCCAUCUCCCGCACGCAGCGUCGCCUCAUGGCAUGCUAUGCUGAUGACGUGACUAUCUUUCUCAACUCUGACCAGGAGCUCCAAAAGGCAUCUCACGUGCUCCUUUCCUUCGCUGCUGUGUCAGGCGAACACCCUAACUGGGCCAAAUGUGCCAUCCUCCCUUUCAACAUCCCCCCCGCUUCAGUCACCCACGCCGGCUCCAUACCCAUUCGGGGCGAGGAAGAAUUCGAACGAAUUUUGGGGAUCCAUGUGGGCCUUUCCGGCCGAUCCGAGGUCACCUGGGAACGAGCUCAGAUGCAAAUUAAACGCUCGGCCAGUUUCCUUGCCAAGCUCCAUGCCUCCUCCACCUGCCGAAAGAAUCUCUCCAACAUCUUCCUCAACUCCACCCUCUCCUUUCCCGGCAGAUUCCCACCCCCCCCCGACCCCUCUAUCCAUGCCAUCGACGCGGUUGUAGGAAACCUGCUCUCCUCAUCCAAAUUCCGCGAGGAGGGCCGGUCCACACGCCUCCUCACUCAUAGUACCAUCUACAACAAGGUUGAGCAUGGCGGGCUCGGCGCAAUCCGCCCUUCCACGCAAAUCCUCGCGCUUAACGCUCAGCGUGCUCUGCGCCGUUUCUCCCACCUUCCCAAUGCUGCGGUCGCCAGGGAGCUGGUUCCCAUCCCCUUCGGGCUGCACGGCUUUAUGCUUCAUAAGGACUUCCCCUCAGUGCUGCCUGACUCAGUACCUGCCCGUUCUGGUGUAUUCUGGCAGAACCCGUCCCUUACAACCGAUUCCUUCUCAAGUCGGACGAUCGCCCCUUCGGCCGCCUCAAAGAUGAAGUCUUCCUUCUUACGGGGGAGGUACGCGUUGGUCACAUCGUCCGACGCGACGCGACUGGAGCCCGACGUAUGA